CCCGCCGAAGCUGACAUCAAUGAGCUCUGCCGAGACAUGUUCUCCAAAAUGGCCACAUACUUGACUGGGGAACUGACAGCCACCAGUGAAGACUAUAAACUCCUGGAAAAUAUGAAUAAGCUAACAAGCUUGAAGUAUCUUGAGAUGAAAGAUAUUGCUAUAAACAUCAGCAGAAACCUAAAGGACUUAAACCAAAAAUAUGCUGGACUACAGCCGUAUCUGGACCAGAUCAAUGUGAUUGAGGAACAGGUGGCAGCUCUCGAGCAGGCAGCCUACAAGUUGGAUGCUUAUUCAAAAAAACUGGAAGCCAAGUACAAAAAGUUGGAGAAGCGAUGAAAACAUGUUUGUAUGGAUCAGGUGGUUUUUUUUUUUUUAAAUAUGGAAGAAUGUUUUAUAACCACUAAUUCCUGAGGCUGAUGAAUCAUCACAGCUCCUCAAAAGAAAUCUGUGGGGAUUAACUAACGUUAAUCCCAAAGCCGUGUGAUGCUGGAUGAACUAGAGGGCUGUGGCCGCUCCCAAGUCUCCUCCAAGGCAGCACCUCACAAACUCAGACUCGGAACUCCUGCUUGUCCUUUGCUUGAAUGCUUCAUCAUCCAUUCGAGAGGGAGACUGGAGCCUUCAGGGCACACCUGGGCUUGCCAGCAGCGUCCAGCCAGAGUGCUGUCCCUGGGAGUGCUCAGGUAGCACAUGGUUUUCUAGAUGGCCAGGGUUUUUGUUGUUGUUUUGUUUUCUAUCGAUGAUGCUAAUGUAUUGUUAACAGGAUGCUAAAUUAAAAAGGAAAACAAAA